AUGGCGUCCGAGUAUAUUUUCCGUUUUCUUUCCCAUACUUCCAUCUUUGUCAUAUACGCCUUUGGUAUUUAUUACGACAUGACAAUCCUGGCUGACGACAUGAUGAGAGCUGUCGGACCGCGAAGUUUUGGUGGGAAUGCAAAGUUUCUCACUAUCUGGAACAUGAAUUUCCAGACAUUCUAUUUUGGGCUGUGCAUUUUAACUGAUUUGGUUUUGUCAUGUAACAAACGAAGUAAAUUUGGAAGAAGACUUUGCAGAUUUCGGGAUUGGUUUUUGGCAGCAAUUGCAUUCCCAAUUGGAAUGCUCGUAGUUCUCAUGUUCUGGUUGAUAUAUGCAGUUGACAGAGAACUUGUUUUUCCAGAAUGGUUGGAUAAAAUAUUUCCUUCAUGGUUAAAUCAUGUUAUGCAUACAACAGUAAUUCCAUUUUUAUUUGUCGAUAUGUAUUUAGUACAGCAUAAUUAUCCAUCAAGAAAAUCUGGCAUCUUUGGUACAUUUGUUGUAGGACUUACGUAUUUAGCGUGGUUCAAGAAAUUAUAUAAAUAUUGGAGAGGAAAUGGAGAAAGUGGAUUAAAAUAUGACUAUAUUUAUUUAUUGUGGUACUGCUGGCAUUGUCACAGUUAA